GGCGUGGGACCCGGGCCGAGGGCUGUGCGGGACGCCUGGGGUUGUCAGGGAUAACCAGGGCUUUGGCUCGGACGUUCCGGCCCCCUCCUUUUUGCCCCUGGCCGCCUCAGGCCGACUCCGGAGGCCGCUCCCUUUCCCCCCAGGCGCCUCGGGUCGGCCCGAGGCUCCUUUGCUGUUUUGCUUCUGACGUGUGCUGGCUGCUCUGGGGCUGCGAGCGAGGGUUUUUGUGGAUUCGUUCUGGUGGCUGCUUGGGGUCGUGGCGGAGGCCAUGUCCUCCCACCUCCCACCGAGCUUUUAAGGAACCACCCAAUUAGAGACCUGUCGCUUUUCUGGGAAUCCGCUGCUCAGUUGCUGUUACUGCUUGGAAAUUGUCCGGGGGCGGGAAGAGGGAAAUCUUUGAAAUUCAGACCCAACCAAGUCACCUCUGACCUGCUAAAGGAAAAAAAAACAAAAAAAAAAAAACCUUGUAUCACAUUUUUGGAAUAUGUAUUUCCUUUGAAAAGAAUGGCUCGUCUCAGCAAAAUCUCCCUAAAGUAGAUGAAUUUUCAAUAUAUUUACUUUGCUUCAAAUUACACUUGACUCCUUGUGAUGUUCAGUUUAGAACUAGCGUGGGAUUAAUUAUGCCAGGGAAAUCAGUUCUUACGAAGACUUUGAAAUUUAUUGUCUAAAAGGCCAACCGAAAACUGGGCCAUCUCAGUUUCAGAGUUGGACAUCACUUGAUUGUCCGACCUCCUGCAACUUUGAUUUUUUUUUUAUAUCUCGUUCUGUCACAUUUUAAUGAUAACCUCAUUUCUCAUGUGCUCAAUUUUUCUUCAGAGUGCCAUUAAGGGAAAAUUGCAGGAAUUGGGAGCUUAUGUAGAUGAAGAACUUCCUGAUUACAUCAUGGUAAUGGUGGCUAAUAAGAAAAGUCAAGAGCAAAUGACUGAAGAUCUUUCCCUUUUUCUAGGGAACAACACGGUUAGAUUUACUGUAUGGCUUCAUGGUGUUUUAGAUAAACUUCGCUCUGUAACUACUGAACCUUCUAGUCUAAAAUCUUCUGAGACCAAUAUCUUUGAAAGUAGUUUGCCUUCAAACAAGAGCAGUUUAGGUGGAGGAGAUGAAAGAAGACAUGAGGAUACAUUGCUACCUCUUGCUGUUUCUAGCACUCGAUCUGAAAAAAAUGAUUCCAGAGUUUCUACAAGUUCACAAGAUCACAGAACAUCUACUAUCAGUAGACAGCCUUAUGAUGAUGGAACUGCAGCUCGAUUGAUGUCAACAGUGAAACCUCUUCGAGAGCUAGCCCCCUCUGAAGAUGUAAUUGAUAUUAAACCAGAACCAGAUGAUCUUAUCGAUGAAGAUCUAAAUUUUGUCCAGGAAAACACUCUCUUAUCACGGAAAAAACCUAUAGUGACAGUUACGUACAGUUCUACUCGUCCUUCUGUUGAAAUCUACCGGCCUCCAGGAAGUCGAAAUACAGAUGGCAGUGCACAUUUACAUAGGUUGCAUUUACAGCAGCAGAACAGUAUUCAGACUGGCAAACAGCUAGACAUACAGACCAGCAGGUCAUUUGAAGCAAUACAUCUGUGUGAAUCGGAAGCAUUUAGUGGCUUAGCAGAGACCUAUAGGCCUAUCGCCAAAGCAAACUCUGAUAAAAUAAGCAAUGAGGAAGAAAACUUUCGAAAGAGAAAGUUACCUGUGGUAAGUUCAGUUGUUAAAGUAAAAAAGUACAAUAAUGAUGGAGAAGAGGAAGAGGAAGAGGAAGAAUAUGGAUUACGUAUAGGAAGUGUGUCCAGCAGUGUGUCUGUGCCAGCAAAACCUGAAAGAAGACCUUCGCUCCCACCAUCCAAACAAGCUAAUAAGAAUCUAAUAUUGAAAGCUAUAUCAGAAGCUCAGGAAUCUGUUACAAAAACAACCAACUAUUCUACAGUCCCACAGAAACAGACGGUUCCAGUUGCUCCCCGAACUCGUACUGCUCAGGAAGAAUCUCUAAUAGAAGUGGUCCAGGGGCAAAGCAGGCUCCCCAGAUUAAGUCCCCCAGUUCAACUAGAGGAAGCAAAAGAACAGAGUUUAGAAAGAAUUCAAGGAGCUCAACAAAGGCAGUUGUUUUCCCGACUGCAAAUUGACCCAGUAGUGGAGGAAACUUUACAAAUGAGUCCAGAUUACUAUGACAUGGAAUCCAUGGUCCAUGCAGACACAAGAUCGUUCAUCCUGAAGAAACCGAAGCUGUCAGAAGAAUUGGUAGCGACUCCGAACCAGGACUCUGGACUGAAGACUGCAGAUACACUUCGGGUUCUUUCAGGACGGCUCAUACAAACAAGAGAUCUUGUACAACCAGAUAAACCUGCAAGUCCCAAGUUUAUAGUGACGCUUGAUGGUGUCCCCAGCCCUCCAGGAUACAUGUCGGAUCAAGAGGAGGAGGACAUAUGUUUUGAAGGAAUGAAACCAAUAAACCAAACUGCAUCCACAAUCAAGGGAUUAAAAGGCCUCCGCCCACAGCAGUCACAGUUGAUGAGCAGGCAGCUUGAUGACCCUGAUGUUGAAAUGAGUGAAUUGAGUAUCACCCAGAAACCAGAGAAACUACCAGAACGCUGCAAGUACUGGCCUGCCUGCAAAAAUGGGGAUGAAUGUGCUUAUCACCAUCCAACUUCGUCCUGCAAAGCCUUUCCCAAUUGUAAAUUUGCUGAAAAAUGCUUGUUUAUUCAUCCAAAUUGUAAAUAUGAUGCAAAAUGUACUAAACCAGAUUGUCCCUAUACUCAUGCCAGUAGACGAAUCCCAGUGCUGCCUCCCAAACCAGCACCAACACCAACACCAACAUCUUCCAGUAGUCAGCUUUGUCGUUACUUCCCUGCUUGUAAGAAAAUGGAAUGUCCCUUUUAUCAUCCAAAACACUGUAGGUUUAACACUCAGUGUACGAGACCUGACUGCACAUUUUACCAUCCAGCAAUUACUGUGCCACCACGUCAUGCCUUGAAAUGGACUCGACCUCAAACCAGUGAAUGACAACCAGACAUUGUAGCUAGAAGAUCAUGGAUUUUAAAAGCUCCCAUCUUUGAACUCUACUGGUGAAAGACAUUCUACAAAUUUAUCAGAUCUUUUGAACUUGGAAUAUAUUGUUUUCAUAAUAUGAAGUUUGUUGCCUAUUUGAAGUGUCUAAUUUUUCAAAUUUGUAAGUUUUAUUAAGUGGUUUUAACAUGGGUUUUUUACUAUGAAGAGAAGUCAGUGUGUAAGGAAAAAAAAACUUACUUUAAAUUCCAUUAAAACAUUUUGAGGCAUGGUUUGUAUCCUGCUACUUUGAGUCCCAGUGUUUAUAAAAUUAGAAUUCUGAGUGUGGUAUCAAAAGUAAUUAAAAGACUGAUUGUAUCAUUUUUAUGAGGCCUAUAUUAGUGCUGGGUAUAUAAAUACAGUUGCCCUAACCAGUUUGAAAUGAGCCAGGGUAAUACAAAGAAUAAAAAUAGUGUUGGGUGAA